GACAGCGCGCGCCCCGCCUCGCCCGGUCUCACGUUCCGACUGGACCCCGGAGGCGGAGGCGCUGGCUCCCUUCGCCAAGCCCCGUAGGCCCUUGAGGGAGGGGCGCGCCCCUCGGAAGCCGCGCCCCUGAGGCGGCCCACCUUUCCGCGGCGCCGGAAGUGGUCGCUGCGGCUCUGCUUCCGGUCUGCGGGGCGCUCUCGGGCCAGGGCUACGGACUGGGGGAGUCCGGGGCACCCAUGGCAGAGGGCGGCGGCCCCCACGGGCGGGCCGGGCCGGGGCCCGCAGGUCCUAAUUUGAAGGAGUGGCUGAGGGAGCAGUUUUGUGACCAUCCGCUGGAGCACUGUGAGGACACGAGACUCCAUGAUGCAGCCUAUGUGGGGGACCUCCAGACCCUCAGGAGCCUGCUGCAGGAGGAGAGCUACCGGAGCCGCAUCAACGAGAAGUCUGUCUGGUGCUGUGGCUGGCUCCCCUGCACGCCACUGAGAAUCGCAGCCACCGCAGGCCACGGCAACUGUGUGGACUUCCUGAUCCGGAAAGGGGCCGAGGUGGAUCUCGUGGACGUGAAAGGACAGACUGCCCUGUACGUGGCUGUGGUGAACGGACACCUGGAGAGUGCUCAGAUCCUCCUGGAAGCUGGCGCUGACCCCAACGGCAGCCGGCACCACCGCAGCACCCCCGUGUACCAUGCCUCGCGUGUGGGCCGGGCCGACCUUCUGCAGGCCCUCAUCAGGUAUGGGGCUGACGUCGACGUCAACCACCACCUGACUCCUGACAUCCGGCCCCCCUUCUCCCGGCGCCUCACCUCCCUGGUGGUCUGCCCCUUGUAUAUCAGCGCGGCCUACCACAACCUCCAGUGCUUCAAGCUGCUUCUCCAGGCGGGGGCGAACCCUGACUUCAACUGCAAUGGUCCUGUCAACACGCAGGGCUUCUACCGGGGCUCCCCCGGGUGUGUCAUGGAUGCUGUCCUGCGUCAUGGCUGUGAGGCAGCCUUCGUGAGCCUGCUUGUUGAGUUUGGAGCCAACCUGAACCUGGUGAAGUGGGAAUCCUUGGGCUCAGAGUCAAGAGGCAGAAGGAAGGUGGACCCCGAGGCGUUGCAGGUCUUUAAAGAGGCCAGAAGUGUCCCCAGGACCUUGCUGAGUCUGUGCCGUGUGGCUGUGAGAAGAGCUCUUGGCAAAUACCGUCUCCAUCUGAUUCCCUCGCUGCCUCUGCCAGACCCCAUAAAAAAGUUUCUGCUUUAUGAGUAGAAUUCAAGCGUGGCGGUUGCUUGCAGUGAGGAGGAAGGUGAUCUGCAGUGAAAGUUGACACCGAUUCUUGCCCCUGUGAACCACAUCCUGUCUGUGCUGCUGACGGAAUCCCAUUUGGCUGUUGGUGAAGCAGAAGUGGCCUUUUUCUCGUGGAUUGUAAUUCCAUCUCAGGUGCUCAGGGCAUUGGACAGUCCUGGGGUCAUUGUCAGCUGAAAAGUCCAUACAAAACUUCAUUUUGUCCUUCCUCAGUAUCUCUGUUUUGGUUUCUCAUGGUAGCAUAUUCACAAAGUGGGCCUUGUGGUGUGUGUACGUACGGGCUGAGUUGGCCUGCUCAUGGCUCCAGCGGGGAGGACACCUAGCACUUUCCAGAACUGUGCUUCUGUUUAUAUUUUUACUUCUCAAGUUCAUUGUUUGAUUAAAGCCUUCUAAUACCUAAAUGAAAAGAGAGUUUUGGUAAAAAAAAAAAAAAGAAAAGAAAAAAAGAAAAAAAAAGGUAGAGUAUAGAAAUGCAGUUCACGAACUUGCUAGUCUGUAUCCCUGCUCCUGGGGGUGACCUGUGGUAUUUGCCUACACUCAGCUCUUCCCUACCACUCCCAUGUUCUCUCGUGGCAGUGUCGUCUCUUAACUGCCUUCCUCCCAGGAUGGCUUCUUGGCUGCAUGGACCAGCUGUGGUAGCUCAGUCGGUGCCUGCAUCUGGCCAGAGUCUAAGUGGAGGACCUCCCGCAGCGCUGCACCUGUUCUUGUACCUACCUGUGCCUCGCAUCACGCCAGCAGGUCUCGUGAACUCUUUGCCCUUUCCCUUGGAAGAGCUUCCAGACACGAAUUGAUUUUAGGAGGCCCGCACCAAGGAACUAGCCAGUCAGAUGACUGCCUGCAUUAGGACCAAGGACGCUCCCACAGCAUUCACUGCCAGUUCUAACCGAAGGAGACACCUGCGGCGCUGCCUUCUGGUCCUUGCACGCUCCUCGACGGGGGACUCGCGUGUCCUCGGGAUGGCUCCAGGCUUUCUGUUGCUUGGUGUCCAGUGGACAAGACAUCUAGCGCGCGGUUGAUUGCUCUUUGCCUUACUGGACCUCAUGUCUUGGUAGUUGCUCCUAGAACCUGAGCAUGGGGGCAGCAGCCAGGUCAGAAUUCUUCCCCCGGCCUGCUAGGGGUGCUGGGGGUGAGACGAGCUGAGUUCUCAUCCCCGAGUCUGUGGCUGUGGGCAGGGCUCACCCACACCCAGGCUGUGCGGCUCAGUAUGUGGCUGUGUCCGCAGAGGUGGACCAUUGGCUGCCUCUUCAGAGCUCCCCAGGUGAUGCUGUUUCCUGGGAGGCCAUCCCUGGUGACCGUUGGGUGGAAUCGUGGUGAUUCUAACCUUCAGAAGUAUUUAGGAAUAGGCAGAUUUCAAAUCUGUGCCUAGGUUUUCUGUCAUAAGAGCUAUCUAAUUUGUAAUGAUUGAAUUAAGGAUACAGGUUUACUUAAUUACUAACAGCCUUGUAGGUUUUAGCCACGGAGACAAGCGGUGUCUGUCAUUGUCUAAUGCAGCUUGAGGAUAAGAUUCUAAACCCUACCUUGUGUGUCUUGGAUAGCUUGGCUGGAAGGCCAGGCUAUGACCUGCAGGCGCGUGCAUGAGGUCUGAGGGGAGAAGAGGCCCUGAAUGAUUCAGAGGGUGGACACCAUCACCGGAGGUGCUGUGGGGCUACAGUGACCCUGUCACAAGCUGUGGCCAUACCGGAAGUGCGGCAUGGCUGGCUGAGCCUGAGGUUGGGCUUGUGUGCUGCUGCUGAAGGACUGGGCCCCUGGCUGCCGGGGCUUGUGCAGAGCGGGGGCCGGUCAAAGUGAGGCCGUAAGCUGUGGGUUGUGGGUGCUGAUGAGGGUUCUUGGGGUCAGAGCCAAGUGCUGCCAGGGCAUCAGCUGAGAAGGGACUCGGGGUGUUUUUUGUGGCAGUCUGGGUGGGGCUGAGACCACGCUUAGGCUGUGGCAGGAGCUGCGGGGAGGUAGGGCUCACUGGAUAUAGGGAAGCUGGAGCUGCCCAGGGGUGGACUGGGCCACUUGCGGGGCUUCCUAUCCCUGGAGGUGGGGAAGCAGUGGUUGGUCACCUUUUCAGUAGGGCUGAGAGAGGAGUUUUAGAGUGGGUGGUAAGUUGACCUUCCCUUUCAGCUCUUCCAACUCUGGGCCUCCCUGCUUCGGCCCCUUUGGCUCAGGUUCUCUCCAGAUGGGCCGUGUUACAGAUGCGUGGCACACCUGAGUCUGCCCCACUGGGUGCUUUCUGCAGAGGUGUGUUAGGAUGGGGCCUCCCCACUCCUGCCCCAGGUGGGAGGGUGCCUCUGUCCCUGGACCUUCUGGAAAGACACGCCUGGGAAUGGUGCCACUGUAGAAGUCGCACACUUGUGGGCAUGGCCUUUGGGCUGCGGGAGGUGAGGGCCGGGCGCAGGGUGGUAUGGGGUCUGCUGCCGGAUGAAGCAGUUGCCAGGCUUUGUUCUGGGGAUUGAACCAUUUUCCUGGGGUCUUUCUGAAAGGAACGGACUGAGUUGAUUCUCGUAGUUGGGUCUCCCCACGACCUGGCCAGGAGGUAGUAUGAGGCAGGAGAGGGUGCCAGGGAGUAGGGGCGCUCCUGCUUGGCCCCUUGAAUGUGCUGUGCUCUGGGACAGUUUGCGUGGGCCCGGGGCCUCCACCCUUUCUGUGCAGAGUUCAGGUCUGGUCAUUGGACAGCCAGACUUGGCCGAUGCUUUCAGAAUCCUGAGAACCGUGAGGUUCAGCCUGUAGUUUGAAACUUCAUAGCUGCCAAACAUGAAUCUGAAAACAGUAUAGAUAGCUGAUUAAGGCCAUUCCUACUUGUUUGAGUGACACUUUACUAAAGCCCCCUUUCUUUUCCUUGCCCAGGAUCAGAUACUAAAGAGGAAAGUGUAACUCUGUCAGAACACUUUAGGAAAUUGUGUUUCUGAGGCAUGGGGCCCGAAAGUCCCUUGUAGCAGGGAAACAUGGUGGUACUUGAGGAGGCCUCUGCCCACCAGGCCCCAGAGCUCUCCCUGGGGAGGGCACGACGGACCCCUGGGAGUGAGCUGGAGUGUCCCCCAAGCCUGGGCCAGGAGUGUCCUGACUGUUCCCACUCGGGGGAGACCUCCUGGGCAUUGAACAGCGUCCUGUGGUGGGCCUGGCCAGCUGUGGACAUAUGGCAGGGACUGGGAUCAGGGGCAGUGUCGAUGGCCUCUGAGAAUUACACUUUGGCAUCCUGGGUGCCGGUAUUGAGUCUGUUUCCCAGACCCAUCCAAGCCUUUUCGUAUUAUGUUAUUUACAUAUUUAUUUAUUUAUGUCCUGUCAUGUUCCCGAAAAGGGUUUAAGGCAGUGAUGCUGGGUUUUUGAUGUUCUGUUUUGAUAUUUGGUAAGUUGCUGCCGGCAUGUACUUGUUAGGUGAGUUUAAAAAGAGGAUAAUUAGCAGUUUUUUGUUGUUGACUCGGUUUCUGUUUUCAGGCUUAAGGGCCAUCCUUUCUUCUUUUUUUCUUUUUCCCCGAGUCAAUUUUUUAAAUCAAGCGUUCAUGCAGAAGUAGAAGGGGAAGAACAUGCAGCAAGUGAGGCCAGAGUCGAGGAAACUCAGUCUUAGAGAGAAGGGCUUUCCCAUGCUUUUCCACAGCCCUCUGGCUGCGCGUGCCUGUGGGACCUGUGCGAAGGCGCUCUGUUCCCAGCGGUCCCUGUGGUUGUAAACUGCUGGUGUGACUCUGGUCCUUCCUCCCAGUGGGGGUGCAUUGGAGGUGGUGAUGGUGCUGGAAGAGCCUGUGACCUUAGGGACCUCACGGGGCAGUGACGGUCAUGGGAGCCGACAGCAUUGGCCCCUGGCACAGAGGGCUCCUUUUAGGUUCAUAAGGAUAAGGACAUGUAUUAAGUAACUGACAGUCAAGUUUAUUCAACCUGAAGAUUUAUAUUUUAUUCUGAGAUAAUGUCCUUAAUUUGGGUGAUAAAAUUACUUUUAUGUAACGAAGGUGCUAAUCGAGGGCAAUAUUUUUAUUUUUUAAAAUGCUCUUGGUUGGAAGAUAAAAUGUUGGCUGUUCUCUGUCAAGCCCCAGAAGUUCUUAAGGUCGUCUGUCACUGGAGUCGCAGGGUCAGGGAACCCCAGUCUAGCUGCAGAGUGCACUGUGUGUGGUGUCGGCAGGUGUGAGCUUACCUUCUGGCGGCAACAGAGCCUCCCCACAGUUCCCUGGGGUGACGGGCCUCUAGCUAUUCCAGAAUCCAGGAGAAGCACACCCCAGAAGUGUUAUGUGGCCGCCUCAGUGAGGGCUGCCCUCACCUUAGGCUUUGGGGGGCAGCGGGCCUCUGAGCGCCCAUGGCUCCCUGGCAGGUUGGGGAUGGCACUUGCAGUGGGUCUUCUGGAACUGAGGCUUCUGCCCCUUCAGUCUCCCGCCAGGCACUUGGUGAAUAGUCCUGAGUACUCUGGAUUCCGCCCCAACUUGGAAGUGCCUCAUUUGGCCAUGUGACCUCUUUAUCCCUGGCUUACCUGUUAGCUCCCCACCCCGGCCAGCCCCUCAGAACCUGACCCCUUAGUGUGGAAUAAAAUAACUGUUGUCACUCAUGAGUGGUUAGUGGGACUAUGUCCUGAGAGAAUUCCAUGGGAAGGACAUGCAGAUUUUGGAGUGUGGUGGUGUAAAGAACACAUACUAUACAUUCUAGGCAGACAGAUGCAGAGCUGAGGCAGGGAGAAGGGCUGACUUCUGUGGCCUUAACAUAGGAUUGUGCAGUGUCUGGAAUGCAUGGGCAUCCUUUUUUUUUCAGUUGCUUUGAUUUCGGAUCUCUAGCAGGUAAUGUACGAAUGUACAUCAGUGCAGUGUGAGUGUGGCGUUUGUGAGUGUGGGGAGUCCCGGCUUGCUGCUCUGCCCUGCAGCAUUUGCACAGCUUCUGGGCCUUUUUUGGUGGUGAGCACAAGAGUGUGACCUGCAGUGGGCCUGUGCGCCUGCUGACAGGCUGGCGGGAACGUUCCUGCUAGCUCCUGUUUGUCCUUCCUGCUCCGGGAAUGAAGGUGUGUUUGCCCUCAGCAGCUGGGGCCAUGACUGUUCUCACACUUGUGCCUGGUUAAGCAUUUCCAGAAGUGUGACGGGUCUCUUUGAGAUAUUAUUGUAACUUUAAUAAAUGCUUUAUUACCCUUUCAUUCAAUGCCCCCCCCACGCCUUAAUUUUUUGGACUGCUUAUCUCAAUGGGUAGAAAUUGGACUUGUGAAAUCUUUGAAAACACGUUUCAGCCAAGUGACUGGCUGUCUGGAAAGAUAUGGAGAGGUAAACUUUUUUGAACUGCUUGGAGGGAUCUUAGUGUUCUAGAGAGGCACCCAGAAUGUGGCACAGAUAGAAGCUUCCAGCCAAGCCUGUUUUACUUGGUGGGGUUUCCAGUUUGAAGAGGAUGUGCCUGUAAAGUGUGUGAAACCCAUGGCUUUCAAACAAGGUGAAUUGUCCCUACAGUGCUCUGCAGCGGGGAGGAGGUGGAGAAGUGUGGGCAGAACCAUUGUUUCUGGGCCUCUGUUACAUGUGAUGUGUUCUGACAGCAGGAGGGGGAGGUGUGAAGCUUUGGAAUGAACCCAGGAGGGAAGGAACUAAAUAAAGACAUUUACUCCUA